AUGACGGUUUUUGUGUGCUCUCUCUUCCUCCCCAAAACUAUACACUUUACUCUGCCCGGUACGCCUCCCCACGGCGCCGACCCAACUCGAGCAUCACUGUCUGGACCAAAAUCAAAGGCUGUCAAAGAACCUGUUCUACCGCCUCCUCAACCCGCAGCAGUUGGCGGACGACCUGCCCCUCUCGCUCGCCAACCGAGCCUGUUCCAAAAAGCAGAUAUCACACCUCCUCACACCCCGACCGAAGAGGCUGACCCUCCCGAUCUGUUCGCCAACGAAGAUGGCUUCAGGAUACAAUUUCCUCAUGGCUCUAGCAGCACCGACAGCCCAAAGUCUUGGGGCAGCCGGGCUAACCAGCCCAAGUCUCGCGCCGCCUCUCCCCCUCCUCCUGCUCUUUCUGAGAACAACCGAACGAUGAAGAAGGCUCGUGAGUUGGGUCGCCAGGGAAUUUUGCAGCCUAGAUCUCUCGUUCGAAGCGACAGUCACGAUCGAGUUUUUGCAUCGGCUGGGUGGAUGGUUGUUAAUGCCGACCAGGGCAACGGAGGACUUCGUAAUGCUGCUGACGCCGCUGCUCGCGAUGGCAAGAUCGACGAUAUCACCUGGGUGGGCACUCUGGGAAUGCCUACGGAUGCUCUUGAGGGUACACAACAGAAGCAGGACAUUGAAGAUGUUCUGGCUAAUGAGCACAACAUGCUGAGUGUCUUCUGUUCCGACAAGGACUUUGACGGACAUUAUGCCCACUUCUGCAAACAUAUCUUGUGGCCUGUCUUCCAUUACCAGAUCCCCGACAAUCCCAAGAGCAAGGCCUACGAGGACCACUCAUGGAAGUACUAUGUCAACGUUAACCAGGCUUUUGCCGACCAAAUUAUCAAGAACUGGAAGCGUGGUGAUGUUGUCUGGAUUCACGAUUAUCAUCUGCUUCUCGUUCCUGGUAUGGUCCGCAAGAAGCUCCCUGAGGCUAAGAUUGGCUUCUUCCUCCACGUCGCUUUCCCUUCAUCCGAAGUCUUCCGAUGUCUGGCUGUUCGAAAGGAGCUUCUGGAGGGUAUGCUCGGCGCUAACCUGGUUGGCUUCCAAAUCCACGAAUACGGACGCCAUUUCCUUCAGACAUGUAGUCGCAUUCUAAGUGCGGAGGCUACACCGGAUGGUCUACAGCUCGAGGAUCGAUUCAUCGAUGUCAUUCAUCUUGCUAUUGGUAUUGACCCUGUCAGCCUUCGUGAUCACCUUGAUACUCCUGAGGUUGCCAAGUGGCUGCAGGUUAUGCAGGAUCGUUACAAGGGCAAGAGGCUCAUCGUUGCCCGUGACAAGCUUGACCACGUCCGUGGUGUUCGUCAGAAGCUGCUUUCUUACGAAUUGUUCCUCAACAAGAACCCACAGUGGCGUGAAAACACUGUUCUAAUCCAAGUUGCCCUAUCAUCCAGCGAAAAGAGUGAUCUCGAGGCCACCGUUAGCGACAUUGUGACCAGAGUCAACUCAUCGUGGGCCAACCUCGCGUACCAGCCUGUGGUCUACCUCAAGCAAGAUAUCGACUACGCCCAAUACCUUGCCCUAUUGACCAUUGCCGAUGCGCUCAUGAUUACCAGCCAGCGUGAGGGUAUGAACUUGACAUCCCACGAAUAUCUCUUCUGCCAAGACGGAAAGCUUCUCCCUGAGAAGAAGCACGGUUCUCUGAUCCUUUCUGAGUUUACUGGUACCUCGUCUCUGUUCAACAAGAACGAGCUUGCUGUGAACCCCUGGGAUUACCGAGCAUGUGCCGACGCCAUCAAGCAGGCUUUGGAGAUGGGUGAAGAAGAGAAGGACAGGCGAUGGGAGAACCUCUACAAACGUGUAGUGAAGCACACCGGCUCUCACUGGUUCACCGAGUUCCUUGGCCGUCUGGAUAUUGUGUAUGAUGAGCAACACAAGCGAGAUCAGACAUCCGUUCCUCGAUUGUCCAUCCCGGCUUUGUCUACAAAGUAUAACAAGGCUCAGCGUCGACUAUUUAUCAUCGAUUACGAGGGCACACUUGUGGCUUGGGGCCCUGUUAACCAGAUCAUUCCCAUCAGCCCCCAGCGAACACUAGAUGUGCUCAACGACUUGCUUCUUGACGAGCGCAACACUGUCUACGUUAUGUCCGGUCGCCGACCUGAAGAGCUUGACCGCGUCUUCCGCCGGGUUCCUAACCUGGGUCUGAUUGCUGAGAAUGGAUGCUUCCUUAAGACCCAUGGCAGUGAAUCCUGGAUCGAGAUGGCAGAUCUCGCCCAUGUCAAGGACUGGAAGGAGUCAGUGAAACCAAUUAUGACAUACUACCUCGAGAGAACUCCUGGUGCUGAGAUCGAGGAGCGCCGCUGCAGUCUUAUCUUCCACUACAAGAGUGCGGAGGAUUAUGAGUCAGCCUCACGACAAGCCUCAGACUGCGCCAGCCAUGUCAACGACGCUUGCGAGUCUCAGCGUGUACAUGCUAUUGCUCUCGAUGGAUGUAUCGCUGUCGAACCUGUUGACUGGACCAAGCGAACAGCCGCCAGAAAGGUGUUUGAGACUCUCAAGGCGGAGAUGAGCUCUACUCAGGAGCACAAGAUUCCUGUUGACUUCUUGAUGGUCAUUGGUGAUGGACGAGAGGAUGAGAAGGUGUUUAAGUGGGCAAACCGACUUCAAGACGAUCGUACUAUAGACAAUGUCGUUACUGUCAGUCUCGGAAACCGCAACACCGAAGCGACAGCCACUCUUACUCAGGGUGUCAGUGGUGUCCUCUCCUGCCUCCAGCGUCUUGCGUCUCUUGAAUAG